AUGUCCUGGACGCCAGAUGAGCAUGCUCUUGUACAGCUCAAACAUAUUUUUCAGGGAGCAUUAUCGACAAAUGGUGAAGAAAGAAAAUUAGCCAAUGAGGCCCUAGCACAAGCUAAGCAGAAUAAGGAAAUCGAGAAUUAUUUAUUCACAAUACUUGUAGUUGAUGAUCUGACCAAGCCCGAGGUACGAGCUGCCGCGGGGAUAAAUUUGAAGAAUAGUAUAUUGAAGAAUCGUGAUUUGAAUAAUUUAAAUCUAGAUCGAACCUAUCUUAUGAGUCACAUUAUGCAUGGAUUGAAAAGCUGGGAUCAUUUAGUAAGGAAUAUUACCGGGAGUGUUAUAAGUUCGCUUUUUGCUAUAUAUGGAUUGGAACAAUGGGGGACUGCGUUGAGUGAUUUAUUGCAAUUGGCACAGGGUAAUAGUAGUAGUAAUGGUGGUGGUGGUGGUAGUAGCGGCAGCAGCAAUGAUAGUGACAGCGGGAGGACCAAGGAAAACUCCAUGCAAGAGUACAAAACACAAGAAGCUGCCAUGAGCGCGCUAGCCAAGAUCUGCGAGGAUUCAUAUUUGGAGUUAGAUAAAGAGAUUCCUGGAGGCGAGCGACCUUUGAAUUUACUAAUAGCAGAGUUUCUCAAAUUAAUGGACCUGUCUAGUUUGAAAGUCAAGGCUUUGGCAGUCCAUUGUAUAAACCAAUUCAUUACAUUGAACACACAAUCUUUUCUAGUCAUAUUGGAUCAUUUUCUAACCAAGAUUUUCCAAUUGGCUCAGGAAACAGAUAAUGACAAGAGUGAGUAUGGAGAGAAAUUGAAAAAAAAUAUAUGUACUUCAUUCUUGUUGAUAUUGGAGACCAGGCCUGAUAAAUUGAUGCCUCAUGUUGAAGGGGUAAUUCACUAUUGUAUUCAUUUGAUGCAGAUUGAACAAGAUUUAGAAGUGAGUCUUGAAGCUUGUGAGUUUUUAUUAGCCUUGGCUAAUUCAAAUGAGCUUUCAGUUGUUUUCACUCUGGAUAAAUUGAAAAUUAUUUUGCCUUUAUUGUUGGACAAAAUGGUAUACUCUAAUGAUGAGAUACUUUCGAUUGAAAUGGCUGAUGAGAAUGAUGAUGCUCAUGUUAUGGAUAAAGACCAGGAUAUCAAGCCUACAAACGCUAAAACAAAAGAAGCGAGAACAAUGGCAACGGCAACAGCAACGAUGUCAGAUAAGAACAAGAAGAAUGGCGAUAACAAUGAGGUUGAAGAAGGUAGAGUAGUAGUAGUAGAAGAAGAGGAAGACGAUGACGAUGACGACGACGACGACGACGAUGAUGAUGAUGAUGAUGGCGACUUGAGUCAUUGGAGUUUGAGAAAAUGCUCAGCAGCUACAUUAGACUCAUUGAGCGAGAAACUACCACAGGAAGUAUUACUAGUAGCAUUACCAAUUUUGCAGGAGAAAAUAGUCUCGGAACAUUGGCCAACUAGGGAAGCUGCUAUUUUAGCUUUUGGUGCAAUGAGUGUCAGCUUUACUAAAUUAGCCAGUGAUAAGCUACCUCAAUUAGUACCCUUCUUAGUUGAUAGAUUACAAGAUGAACAGCCUAGAGUGCGCCAAAUGACAUGCUGGACUUUGUCACGUUAUGCAGCAUGGGUCAGUAUCGAGGCACAUGAAGGUGGCGAGUAUGCCAAUUAUUUCCAGCCUACUUUCCAAUCGAUUGUUUCUUGUGUAUUGGAUCUGAAGAAAGUUGUACAAGAAGCCGCGUGUUCUGCACUUGCUUCGUUUAUUGAGGAAAGUGAUGCUUCAUUAAUUGUAUUCUACCUUGAGCCCUUAUUGCAGCAAUUUGCCAAAUGUUUCCAAAUGUAUCAAAGAAAGAAUUUGAUUAUUUUAUAUGAUUGUGUUCAAACAUUUGUUGAGAAAAUGGGAUAUGGCAAUUUAGCUCGCGAUGCCAAUCAUAUAAAUAUUUUGCUACCACCUUUACUAGCAAGGUGGGAACUGUUGAAGGAUGAUGAUACUGCAUUAUGGCCACUAUUAGAAUGUAUGGCGUCAGUUGCCGCUACAUUGAAAGAGUUAUUUGCUCCUUAUGCAGUGCCGGCUUAUGAACGAGCUAUGAAAAUUUUAUCCAAUUGUAUAUUAAUUGAUCAAAAUUGUCAAACUGAUCCGAGUAUUGAUGUACCAGAGAAGGAUUUCAUGGUUACAUCGUUAGAUUUAAUUGAUGGAUUAAUUCAAGGUUUUGAAUAUCAAUCAAUAGAUUUAAUCCAACACAGGGAUCCAGCCAAUACAGAUUUGCCUACUUUGUUACUUGUAUGUAUGGAGGAUUACAACACUGAUGUUCGACAAUCGGCAUUUGCGUUAUUGGGGGACCUUGCCAUUUAUGCGAUUGAUGUUUUGAAGCCUUAUUUGCAUCUGAUUUUCCUUAUUGUUGGUAAGGAGAUUACUAUUCGUACGCGGGAAACGUUUGCUGCUUAUAAUAAUGCUAUCUGGGCCUUGGGAGAGAUGAUUAUUCGAUUACCUCAAGCAGAGACGAGUCAGUAUUUGGAGAAUUUUUUGAAUUUGUUGAUUCCCGUAUUGAACAACCAAGAUAUUGAAUCCACGGUUUUGGAGAAUUGUGCAAUUACAUUAGGCAGAAUAGGGUUAAAAGGAGCAGAAAUUGUUGCACCGAGAUUAGUCGAAUUCAUUCAACCUUGGUCAGAGAAUUUCUUGAAUCUUGAAGAUAAUGAAGAAAAACAGACUGGGAUAAAAGGAAUGAUCCAAGUUAUUAACUUAAAUCCCGAUCAAGGAUUUGGUGGGUUAAAUACUCAACAAGGAAGAAAACGACUUGGUAAAUUUUUGGAGGUGAUUGCCAAUUAUCAAGAUUCCAGUAGCGAAUUACAAAGUCUCUUUUUGGAAUUGAUCACCAAUUUCAAGAAUUUGGUAGGUGAAGAAGUAUGGAAUCUGCAGAUUUUGAAAUUUGUUGAUCCAUCAUCGAGACAAGCUAUUAGUAUAUAG